AUGUCAAAGGCACCGCUUCUUCUGCGUUCGGCGCCAGGAUUUGGGACAGGAUCAUACGGGGCAGUGCCCGUGGGGGCAUCUGCAGACACCAGCGAUGAGGAAGACAAUGAGGAGGCCAGGCAAAUGGCCAAGCGAAGGUCAGGCUUAAGAAAUGCUGCAAGCUCGGGGACAUUGUCUGGGAGGUCAAUUCGAUCCCGUACCUCUCGUCGAAAGUCCUCCAAUGCCAGGAGGCAAUCCGUGGAGGAGGUUGCUGGGUUGGAAGGCAGAUUUGGACUUGGAGGCAUACCCAUACCCAAUGCAGAUGACUCGAGCUCUGCAGAACAUGUGUCCGAAGACGCCAUCCUCGAAGGUGAAUCCGCUGCCGACGACGAAGAUCCUCCAGACAACUCUCCAUAUCCAGAAGUCCGAGCUUCAGUAUCUGCCAUUGAUAACACAAGCCUCUCCAUAAAUACGCCUCGAAUGUGGACAUUGUCCCUGUUAUUUGCAAUACUCGGAUCCUCUACGAAUCUUUUUUUCUCUUUACGAUACCCGAGCGUUUCUAUUACACCAGUCAUUGCAUUGUUACUUGUUCAUCCACUUGGAUUGAUCUGGGAUCAGCUACUCAAACGACGUGACGAUCCCAAAGAAGAAUUUAUAGACGGAAGUCGACGGCCCUCGAUAGAUUCGAAUCAUGAGCAUAAUCUACCAAAGCCCACUGGAUGGAGACGUUUCCGGUUGUGGUUAUCACAAGGGAGAUGGAAUGAGAAGGAGCAUAGCUGUGUGUAUAUCAGCAGCAACGUCUCCUUCGGCUUUGCAUUUGCAACAGAUGUCAUUGUCGAACAGACCCAUUUCUACAAGCAAGAAGUCAGCAUCACGUACCAGCUACUUCUUAUUCUCUCAACACAGAUCCUGGGCUAUGCUUUUGCUGGUUUGGCACGACGGUUUCUUGUCAGACCUGGAGGAAUGAUUUGGCCUCAGACAUUGAUGUCUGCUGCAAUGUUUACCACAUUGCACAAGGAGGAGAACACCAUAGCCAAUGGGUGGAAGAUGACAAGAUGGAGAUUCUUCUUCGUGGUUUGGCUGUCAGCAUUCCUAUUCUACUUCCUUCCUGGACUUCUUUUCCCGGCCCUCAGUUACUUCAGCGUGAUCACAUGGUUCGCUCCAAAGAAUGUGGUGGUCGCAAAUCUCUUCGGUGUUGCAUCUGGACUCGGUCUCUUCCCAGUGACAUUUGAUUGGGCUCAAAUAGCCUACAUUGGCUCUCCUCUCUUGACCCCUUUCUGGGCAGCGAUGAAUGUGGUUGGAGGCCUCGUCAUUGUCAUGUGGAUCAUUGCACCCGUCGCGUAUUACAAGAACUUGUUCUUCUCUUCAUACAUGCCCAUCUUAUCUUCAGCGGUCUUCGACAAUACCGGAAAUAUCUACGACGUCAGCAAGAUUCUUACAUCAGACUUCCUCUUCGACAGAGACGCUUAUCACAAAUACAGUCGAGUUUAUCUACCCAUCACUUAUGUCCUCAGCUACGGUCUGCAAUUCGCUGCCCUAGCAUCUCUGCUGACGCACACUGCUUGCUGGCAUGGGUCGGAUAUUUGGACGCAAUGGAAAAGGUCUUUGAAGGAAGUUGAUGGAGAAACGAAGACUUACGAGCCUCUCCAGGGAGCAACUCAACAUGUCCCUGCUGGGACCCGAAAACGCAGACUUGACCGAACAAACUCCGGUGUUGACAAUAUUAUCAGCCAGGAAGAUGUUCACAAUCGACUGAUGAAGCGAUAUAAAGAUGCUCCACUAAGCUGGUACCUUGCAACAUUUGUGAUAAUGCUGGCUGUGGGCAUCUUUGUAGUGGAAUACUACCCAGUUCAUCUUCCCUGGUAUGGAUUGAUCCUGGCGCUCGGCAUUUGCACAAUACUCUUCAUUCCAAUCGGCAUCGUCAUGGCAAUCACGAAUCAGCACAGCAGCAUCUACCUCAUUUGCCAACUUGUCUGCGGUGCCGUCUUCCCAGGUAGGCCGGUCGCCAACAUGGUCUUCGUCACAUACGGCUACAUCUCCUCGGCGCAAGGAAUCAAGUUCUCAGCUGAUCUGAAACUCGGCCAUUACAUGAAGAUACCACCACGAACCCUCUUCUCCGUCCAAAUGGUAGCCACAGUUGUCUCUUCCAUCACCCAAAUCCUUGUCUUGAACUGGAUGUUCGCCAAUGUUCCAAAUAUCUGCACCCCACAGGCAAUCAAUGGAUUCGUCUGUCCCCUCGCUCGUGUCCACUUCAAUGGCAGCAUCCUUUGGGGCGUUGUUGGCCCAAAACAAUUCUUUGGUCCGAACGCCACAUACCAUAUCCUGGUCUGGUGUUUCCCAUUCGGAGCUGUUGCCCCCGUCAUCCUCUGGCUCUACGCUCGAAACAGAAAGAAGAACAUCGUUCGCAAGAUCAACCUCCCCGUCUUAUUUGGAAGUCUGAGCUGGAUUCCACCAGCGACUGGACUCAACUUCUCCGUCUGGGCUCUUGUCUGCUACAUCUUCAACUAUGUUGUCAAGAAGAGGGCAACUGCUUGGUGGGCAAAAUACACGAUGACUUUGAGUGCAGCAUUGGAUUCCGGGCUGGCUUUCGGACUGGUAGUGGUAUUCUUUGGGUUCGUGUACCCAGGAUGGAUGGAGGGCUUUAAGUGGUGGGGAACGGAAAUCUACAAGCUGGGAUGUGACUGGAAUGCUUGUCCGUACAAAGUUGUGCCGGCAGGAGAACACUUUGGUCCAGAUAACUGGUGA